CGUUGAUAAGAGGAAGUGACGAGUUAUUUACGGGAUCUGGUAUUAUUUUUCUAAACAACUGUUCAGAUUACAUUCUUAAUAGUCAGAGUGCAAAACACAAUAUUUCGUGACACUAUCGACAACGUGCAUUUUAGCAAAAUCAGACACACAUCUACUAUUGCGACGAUGCCGCAAUGUAGGGGUUCCCCAUAAACCUGCGCAGUCAUGGAGGGAAUUCCAAGAUGGCGGCGGAUGAUGUUCAUGUCCGUCUUUGUGUGCAAGAAAUCGUGAAACACGAUUUGCACGUUAAAGCAUUAAUACAGGAUAUUAGAGACAUUGCAAACACAGAAGAAAAAUUAAAUGACAUAAAUUUACAAAUAAAAGAAAAGAUACAAGCUUUAAGAAACAGAAUAGACGAUUUGGAAAGAUUUGCCAAAGAACAAGACAAAGAAACAGACAAAGUUAACCUUCUCCGAGAUGUUGACAAUCACCGAAAACAGUUACACAGCACACAGACUGCUUUAAGAAAAGCCAACUUAGCAUGUAAAUUACAAAUAGACAGAAAUGCAAAGGAAGAUCUUUUAAAGGGUGGUACUGAUCCAGAUAUUCGGAAGAGGAAAAACAAGGAACACAUGGCAAAGACUGCAACAAAUAUUACAGAGAAUCUUAUGAGUAUAAGCAGAUUAAUGGCAUCAAGCGUAAAACAAAGUGAAGAAACAAUGCAUACAUUAGUAAAUUCAUCAAAAACUAUUCAAGAAACUCAUGAAGAAUUUAAAGGAAUGGGAGGUGUGAUCCAAACCAGUAGAAAGCUUUUAACCAAAUACAACAGACGGGAAAUCACUGAUAAACUUUUAAUUAUUAUAGCUCUAGCUUUAUUUUUCGCUACUGUAUUCUAUAUUCUCAAGAAGAGGCUAUUUUAGUGGUAUCAAUUGACGGCCAUGCUGCAUAUACGUAAGAACCAAGCCUCUGCUGGAGGCCAAAUGAUGUGACAAAUCCUUACCAUUCAAUGUUUGAGCGCGAAUAUUUGAUUGGAACAUCAGAAUGAAGAUUUACCUCCCCUUUGAGCUGAGGAUGUAACUUUCGUUAUUUACAUUGAUAAGAAUAACUUGCUCCACGCUUGUAAAAUGUAAUCACAUUAGAUGUUGGUGGCGCUGUUACAAACAUAAUUUGCUCGAUGUGCAUUGUGAAAACGAACAACUUUGCAGGAAAAUAAAAAUAAAGACAUAGAAUUGAGAGGCAGAUUGGAUAGACAUAUUGGUACAGUGGUAAUUCAGAUCACAUGCAGCUAUUAUGGGUUGAUCAAUGU